UUGCAUUUUGAAAUGGCAACGGAGCCUGGAAAGGACGGUGUUAAUAAUGUACCAGAAUGCUCAACGUCUACGAGUAGAAAAAGUCAAUGGGUAAAAUUAAACGUUGGAGGAACUGUUUUUAUGACGACAAGGACAACACUUUGUAGAGACCCAAAGUCUUUCUUAUAUAGACUUGUCCAAGAUGAACCUGACCUUAACACAGAUAAGGAUGAUAAUGGUGCCUACCUGAUUGAUAGAGACCCCACCUACUUUGGUCCAGUGUUGAAUUAUCUACGACAUGGAAAAUUAGUCAUCAAUAGGGACCUGGCUGAAGAAGGAAUCCUAGAGGAAGCUGAAUUCUACAACAUUACUGAUUUGAUCAAGUUAGUGAAGGAAAAGAUUGUGGAGCGAAAUGCAAAGCAGAAUCAGUCAUUCACUAAAAGUGUGUAUCGUGUCCUGCAAUGUUCAGAGGAGGAGUUAACACAGAUUGUGUCUGCGAUGUCUGAUGGCUGGAAGUUUGAACAGCUGGUGAAUAUUGGAUCCCAAUAUAACUAUGGCAGCGAAGAUCAUGCCGAGUUUUUGUGUGUUGUAUCUAAAGAGUGUCCCAACAUUGUCAAUGGCCAGGACCCAGAACCAACGGACAGAGCAAAGGUGUUGCAGCAGAAGGGUUCCAGAAUUUAGGAAACACCUUGGAUGAGAACAAUUUCUGCUUACAAAUAAUCUCAGUGUAGAUUGACAGUAGAAAAGCCAAAUGCCGACAACCAAAAGCAUGUCAUCAGUAUAAUUGAUUUUUUUUAAUUUCCUAUUUUUAUGUGUUUUGAAAGUUUUACAACAGAUGGGUAUAUACUUUCUGACAAAGCUAAUGUUUAUUGUUUAUAGAAAUUAGUUGUAAUAAUUGCUGAUACAGUAAACCUCUGGUCUGUUCAUAGUUCAAUAACAUGACACCUGUUCAAUUUACCUCACAUUUUUCCUGCUAGAAUAAUUCUCCUAAUCAGCAACAACUACUGCAAUGUUUUAAAUUGCAGGGUAAUUACGAACGUUCAAUGUUCAAAUCAAUAAUUAGAUAAGUUGCAUGUUUCAAAUUGUAUUUUUAUCACAAUGGAUGUUGCAAAUCAGGUGUCAUUAUCUUCGCCCCAAAACAGCACAUGUUUCUUUGUUGUAUUAGUAGGUAGAAUACCUACUGGCACACAACCCACCCUAUUUCUAGGUUCUCUUGAACUGUUACCAUGGUUACCUUUGAAGUUUGAAUGACUUCUCAUCAAAUUUUUGCACUUGUGUAACACAUCAGAUAGUAAUAUGUAGUAAUGAUCCAAGUAAGGUUAAAGAAUCCAAUAUUAGAGUUAAGACUGUUGUACGUUGCACUUGUAAGUAAUGGUGCAGGUGUGAUUUCAUCAAACACAUCGUUAACGUCCAUAUUGAUUGUACACCUAUGCUCUAAGUCGACACCUCAAGUAGUAUGUACAGUUUUAUAGCUGAAGUGUUUUAAAACACAUCAUAAAAUGUGACAUGCAUGAUCUUCUGUCUUAGGUAACAGUCACUCAUACACCUGACUAUCAAUCACCCUCAGCAUUAUAAUCAUUGUUCUAGCGUUAGUGUUUUUUGCAUUGCCAAGAUCUAACAUUUUUAAGAAUUCAUAAGGUAUUCAAACUUUGUACGUUAAAAUAAUCCUAAGUGUACUUAAGUUUGUUUUAGUGGAGUUUGAAUUGUUUCUAAAUGGAAAUUUGUUACUUUUGUUCAGAAACAUGUUUGUUUGAACUGUCCCCUGUAUUGGACAGACUAGAGGUUUACUAUGGUAUGGGUUUAUGAUGUCUAAGGUAAGAGGUGGGGUUUGAAGUAAUUUUUAUAUUGUAAUACUUGUGAAUAUUGCCGUAUAUUGUGAUCACAUGAUCUGUACCUAUAGUAAUUUUAUAUAGAAAAUACAAAACCUGAAGGUGAGAAGCCUUCAAUAAUAACUGUUUUAUAUAAUUCUAGAAAAUGUCACAUUA